CCAGGGACGCUAGCCAGUUCCAGCUGCCAGGGUCCAGAGGCCUGGUCCCAGAGCUGGAGAACGGCCUAUGAAGUUCUCCCACCACAAGCUACAUGAGCAAGAUGUGCUGGUUGCUCCUUUGGGGAAUCCUCCAGACUUGCCCCACACAGGUCUCUGUGCUGUUGGCCCAGCAGUUACCACAGCAUCUGACAUCCCCCGGAUACCCAGAGCCGUAUCUCAAAGGCCAGGAGAGCCAUACUGACAUCGAGGCUCCGGAGGGGUUUGCUGUGAGGCUGAUCUUCCAAGACUUUGACCUGGAGCCAUCCCCAGACUGUGAAGGCGACUCUGUCACAAUUUCAACUGGAGGAACAGAUGCAACCCGGCUGUGUGGGCAGCAGGGUUCCCCUCAGGGAAGCCCUCCUGGUCACAGGGAGUUUGUAUCCUCCGGGAGGAGCCUGCGGCUGACCUUCCAGGCACACUCCUCCUCCAAGAACAAAAUCACACAUCUCCACAAAGGUUUCCUGGCUCUCUACCAAGCCAUAGCUGUGAACCAACCCAAUGGGGACACUGAGGCUGUCACCACACCUGGAGCUGACCCUCCCAAGGUUCAGAGCCACUGCCAAGAUCCCUAUUAUAAGGCAGAGCAGACAGGGAUACUUAGCUUCCCAUCCCUGGGGAAGUGGGAGGACAGACAGGAUGGAGAAGAGGUUCCUGAAUGCUUCCCAGUCUGUGGAAGACCAGUCGUCCCCAUUGCUGAGAACCCAAACAUUUUUGGUUCUUCCAGAGCUAAGCUGGGUAACUUUCCCUGGCAAGCCUUCACCAGUAUCUACGGUCGUGGGGGUGGAGCCCUGCUGGGUGACAGAUGGAUCCUGACGGCUGCCCAUACCAUCUACCCCAAGGAUAGCAUCUAUCUCAGAAAGAACCAGAGUGUGGAAGUGUUUCUGGGUCACACGGACAUAGACGAGCUGCUGAAACUGGGGAACCAUCCUGUCCGUAGGGUGGUGGUUCACCCAGACUACCGCCAACAUGAGUCCCACAACUUCAAUGGGGACAUCGCCCUCCUGGAACUUGAGCACAGAGUCCCUCUGGGGCCCAAUCUCCUCCCAGUCUGUCUGCCGGACAACGAGACCCUCUACCACAGCGGCCUGUGGGGUUAUGUCAGCGGGUUUGGUGUGGAGAUGGGCUGGUUAACGACAAAGUUGAAAUACUCAAAGCUGCCCGUAGCUCCCCGGGGGGCCUGUGAAGCCUGGCUCCGCCAGAGGCAGCGAACUGAGGUGUUUUCUGACACUAUGUUCUGUGUCGGGGAAGAGAUGCAGAUGAACAGUGUCUGCCAGGGAGACAGUGGCAGCGUCUAUGUGGUGUGGGACGAUCGUGCUCGUCACUGGGUGGCCACGGGCAUUGUAUCCUGGGGCAUCGGGUGUGGCAAGGGGUACGGCUUCUACACCAAAGUACUCAGCUACAUGGAUUGGAUUCAGAGGGUGAUUGAAGGUAAAGACUGAUGCCAGGGGCGCUGAGCAGUGGCCAGCCAGCUCUGUGGAGGUCCCAGUGAGAACGGGCAGGAAGCCGGGAGACCCUAUUUAAGUCACCGGUUCAGCAACCAUUUGCCAAGAGAAAGCCCCGCCUCCCCGAGCCUACUCCAUCCCAAAUCAGCGGAACCCCCUUCUCGCCUUCUGUUCUCCUGGGUUUUAUACCAGGAGAGCCCUAUAAUUCCAAGCAACGUUAGAAUGUCCUUUUGUUUGUUCAAGACAGGAUUUCACUCUGUAGCCAGGCUGGCCUCGAACUCACGGCAAUGCUCCUGCUUCAGCCUCCCAAACAUCAGGAUCACAAGCAUGAACACCUGGCAUCAUCACCGUGUGUGCCUUUUUUUAAUUCCCCGACCUCAGCUACCGACAGUGUCUUCUGUAUUUCCUCGUGGACUUGUGUUUCUGAAAUUCCAGAAACCCUUACAAUGCGCUUCUAAUAUGCAAUGCAACAGGCUUCACCCCUACCCCAGCUUCGAUAGGCAAUCCAAUCAGUUUACACCUACGGGAAGCCAGGAGCAUCGCCUGUUGUUUAACCCAAUCUGCCCUCCGUGCUGGCAGAGAGUGUGUUAUCUCCUCUCAGUUGCCCCGCAGACCUCCAUCCACUUCCCCUUCCGGGCUCCGCGGCUUUACCGACUCCAUCCCUGGGAAGGCCUGUGAAGAUCGUGCUGUGCCAUCAGCUCACACUUUCCUGCUGGCCCUCAUCACCCAGGGCAUCGCAAGCCUGAGAAGAUGAACACUUUUAAUUUGUAGGAACGAGUUGGAGUGAUUUACACUAAAAGGCAAAAAGAAAACACAAGAGUUCAGUGACAAUAGAAAAAUGAAUGCCAUAAAAGAGGGGGGGGGGUACGGGAGUGUUGAGAUGAACGUGCUCUGUUGUCCAGGAUUAAAUUUAUCUUCGAAAAAACAGCAGCCAGCAUCCGAGCUAAGCACGGAAGACACACUAAAAUCCCGGCCACGUGGGAGGCUGAAGCAGAACCAUCAUGAGUUCAAGACCAGCUUUGAUCUCACCUCAAAGUUAACAAAAAAAUUAAAAAAUAAAUAGCAGGGUAGUGGUGGCUCAUGCCUUUAAUCCUAGCACUGGGGCAGGGUGGGGGGGGGGGCGUUCAAGGCCAGCCUGGUCUACAGAGUCAGUUCCAGGGUAGCCAAGGCUACACAGAGAAAACCUGUCUUGAAAACCAAUAAAUAAACAAUAAAUUAAUAAAUAGUUGGCACGAUA